AUGGAAGAUUAUAAUUUAUCUUUGACUAAUCCCUUUGUUGCCACCACUGGCGCUCUUUCUGCUGCUGCUUGGUUAAUUUUAUUCAUUGGUGGGUGUGUGGCUCAAUUUCAUGGUGUGAUCUGGUGGAUCAUCAUUUAUGAAUUGGUCUUUGUGGUUGCAAUCAUGGUUGUACUCGGAUUAGGAUUGCUUCCUUCUUAUCAUAACAUGGUCUAUCUCUUCUUGGCGAUCAGUAUCGUGUACUUGACCUACGUCUGUCAAGCAACUCUUUUUGACGUGAACGUGAGCAGCGGUAAUAGGGCUGCGGCUGCUGGUGCAAUUAUUUUGAUCAUCAUGCAGUUCCUUUUGGCCUUCUUAUUGACCUCUCCAGAGGAUUCAUGGUUCCGCUCGUUCGGUACUCGAUCCAUGAGCUACGGAGGUGACCUCUCUCAUCGGUUUGUCAAUACAGUUCGUCCAAACCGUCAGACGCGUGAUACGGGCGGCGCUAUGAGCGAGAAAGAAUUACCUCGCCAUUACAACAACAACGAUACUAAUAGAGCUGACGAUGAAGAAGAAGACAUCGGUGUCGCUGCUUCACCUCGUAACCGAUUCGAGCCUGCUACUGCUUUACAUGGAUAUCAGGGUAGCGCGGAUGAUCCUUCAGAGCUCUCCUUUGAAAAGGGCGAAUUACUCGAAAUCUUGGAUAAGCGUGGAAACUGGUGGCAAGCACGCAAACAAGAUGGUACUACGGGUAUUGUUCCCAGCAACUAUUUUCAAUAA